AUGUCGCUUUCUCAAAGAGUCACAUCUCUUGAAUCUCUGUCUCCGGAAAGAGGCAGAUCACCAGCUGGUUCGCAGCGUAGGAAAUUGAGUUUUAGUCCCUUGCCUGGAAAUUGGGGGGAUGAAUUGGAGCAGCAACAACGUGUGGUUGAGGAGGUAGAAACCGUGGCUGCGUUUGAGGUUUCCAAGGGGAAACGAAUCUUACAAGUUGCAAUUGCAGUAAUAUACUGCCUUCUCGCUGCCGGAAUUGUGUUCGGAUAUGCAGCUCUCAAACCGGUCCUUAUUCGCGAAGGUGUAUAUCGAGAAUAUUGUACGGAAGAUGAGUUGAAAGAAGGAGUGCGAACUUGCUUUGAGCAAGAGAUCCACUUAAAUUUGAUGUUCACGAUCGCGGCGGUUGGUACGAAUGUUGCAGCUUUACCAAUUGGUUCGAUCCUGGAUAAUUUUGGCCCAAGAGUAGCCGGAAUUAUAGGAACUAUUUUCUUGGCGGUUGGGGCUGCACUUUUUGCUUUUGCGGAGGAGCUGCCCUUCGAUGGAUUUAUUCCUGGAUACUUGCUGUUGGCCCUUGGAGGAGCUUUCUUUUUGAUCACCUCUUACCAGCUUUCAAAUACUUUUCCCGAACACUCUGGUUUGAUCUUGGCUCUGUUAACAGGUGCCUUUGACACCUCUAGUGCACUCUUCCUCGUAUAUCGGAUUAUAUACCAGUGGAGUGAUGGUACUUUUCACAUCAAACAAUUUUUUCUCAUCUAUCUAGUCGUGCCCGCCUUCAUUCUCGUCGCACAAAUAUUGGUCAUGCCAUCGCAAUCGUACAAGACUGUAGGCGAGAUGGUUAAACAAGUUGAAGACGAAUAUUUGUUCGACGAUCAGAUGGAUGAAACCACUGCUCUCCUCCGCGAAGAACGUCGCCAGCGUCGCGCAUCCGUUGUCUCAGAAAUAACCGAACUUCUGGGAACCAAGCCCGGCAGUAAGCAAGUCAAACAAGAAGAACGCAAGAACAAAAUCUCCGGGGUGUGGGGAGCGUUACACGGGAAGACUGUCAUACAGCAGAUCUUGUCUCCGUGGUUUGUCCUCAUCACACUCUUCACCGUCAUCCAAAUGACACGCAUCAAUUUCUUCGUCGCCACCAUCCGCCCACAAUACGAGUAUCUCCUCAAUUCCUACGACCAAGCCGUCGAAGUCAACACCUUCUUCGAUCUAGCUCUUCCAUUAGGAGGCGUCCUCUCAAUCCCAUUCAUCGGCCUGAUUCUCGACAAUACCAGUACCACAUUUGUACUCUCCCUCCUCGUGACCAUCGCCACUGCUAUCGGUGUCCUCGGCAUGCUCCCCUUUUCCUGGGCCGCCUAUGCCAACAUUUCACUUUUUGUCCUCUAUCGCCCCUUCUAUUACACCGCCGUAUCCGAUUAUUCAGCCAAAGUCUUCGGAUUCCGUACAUUCGGCACCGUAUACGGGUUAAUCAUCUGUCUCGCCGGCAUCCUCAAUUUCAGCCAAAGCGGCUUAGAUGCAUUACUCCACAAGGUCUUUAGUGGCAACCCAAUACCCAUCAAUGGGAUGUUGAUGGGCUCAGCAUUAGUAGUGGGAAUAAUUCUCUGUGCCUUUGUAGCAUGGAAAUCAUACAUGAUAAAGAGACACGGUUUGGAAAUUGAGGCAGAACAUGCAAGAGAGGUGGUUAUGCCUGGAGCAGAGAGUUCGGAGAGGUUAUAA